CUCCUGGCUAGCAAGGGAGGGGGAGGUUGGACAGGGGCCACACGCCCCCAGGCACACACACACAUUCACACACUCACACACACACUCACUCAUGGGGAGCCGCCCCAGCCCUGGCCUACAGAGAACCACAUCUGCAGGAUACCGAUUGCCCCCAAGCAAACAGCCGGCCUCCAUCUCCCCACCUGCUCGGGGUGGCCCUGUGACUCGAAGGGGUCUCCAGAAGCCCCGGGACCCCGAGCAGGAGACCCCGAGAGCAGAGGGCACGCAGCAGGACCAGCUGUGGAGGGAGCUCGUGGAAGCAGAGCUUCGGAGUCAGCGGCGCUGGGCCCACCAUUGGAGUUUCCUGAAAGACUAUGAUCCGAUGGGCAAUAAGAAGGAGCACCCCACGUUGCCGGAGCACGUGCCCCUCUUCUCGGACACGGUCCCCAACUCCACCAACCAGGUUGUGGGCAGCAGGGUGGACACGCCUCUGGGGAAAGCGCUCGUACACAUGGACUUCUUCUUCAAAGAAGGAGCUCGGAAGCAGAAGCUUGAAGAAGAGCUGCAGCCCAUCUAGGACCCAGGAGGGCCCGGGUCUCCCUGAGGUUAGAACUGCAAAAACGAGUCUCCCUGGGCUAACGUCCAGGGGUCAGCGUGGCGCCUUCCUCCUGUGCGUGCUCUAGGGACAGCCUGCUGCCUGGCCUUUCCAGCUUCCAGAGGAGCCUGGGGGUGUAGGGGCUAGGUGUCAGGCUGCCAUCUGCAUGGUUGGCAGUUUGAA